AUGUGGGUCAGCUGUGGGGGUCCGGGUGAUGUGCUCAGUUGUGGGGGUCCGGGUGAUGUGGGGGUGAUGUGGUCAGCUGUGGGGGUCCGGGUGAUGUGCUCAGUUGUGGGGGUCCGGGUGAUGUGGGGUUGUGGGGGUCCGGGUGAUGUGGGGGUGAUGUGGUCAGCUGUGGGGGUCCGGGUGAAUGUGUUGUGGGGGGGUCCGGUGGGUGAUGUGGGGGUGAUGUGGUCAGCUGUGGGGGUCCGGGUGAUGUGGGUUGGUGAUGUGGUCAGCUGUGGGGGUCCGGGUGAUGUGGUCAGCUUGUGGGGUCCGGGUGAUGUGGGGGGGGAUGUGGUCCAGCUGUGGGGGUCCGGCUGUGGGGGUCCGGGUGAUGUGGUCAGUUGUGGGGGUCCGGGUGAUGUGGGGGUGAAGUGGUCAGCUGUGGGGGUCCGGGUGAUGUGGGGCUGUGGGGGUCCGGGUGAUGUGCUCAGUUGUGGGGGUCCGGGUGAUGUGGGGGUGAUGUGGUCAGUUGUGGGGGUCCGGGUGAUGUGGGGCUGUGGGGGUCCGGGUGAUGUGGUCAGCUGUGGGGGUCCGGGUGAUGUGGGGGUGAUGUGGUCAGCUGUGGGGGUCCGGGUGAUGUGGGGGGGGAUGUGGUCAGCUGUGGGGGUCCGGGUGAUGUGGUCAGCUGUGGGGGUCCGCGGUGAUGUGGGGGUGAUGUGGUCAGUUCUGUGGGGGUCCGGGGGUGAUGUGGUCAGUUGUGGGGGUCCGGGUGAUGUGGGGGUGAUGUGGUCAGUUGUGGGGGUCCGGGUGAUGUGGUCAGUUGUGGGGGUCCGGGUGAUGUGGGGGUGA